AUGUGGUGGUCGUUUACUGUGAAGUGCGGGACCUAUAGAUGGAUACCACAAUCAAAAAUAUGCACGGAGAUGACUGCGUACGUUAGUUUUAAAUGGCAAGGUAUUUCUAUUUAUAUCCCAAUCCGUCCUCUCUUGGGGCGACGUCAUAUAUUACAUUAUGUUAGGCGGAAUUUGAGCAUGUUGGAAAGAAAAUCAGUCUUUUUUGUAGUUCGUUGUAUGGAAACCAUCAAAGUCAGGAUUGAUAAUUUAUCGGCGCGAAACUACGAGCCAGAAAACAAAAGUGUGGGGGAGCAGGAUUACUGGUGAGGCGUAACUCGGCAAUGGUUGACGCUGUUGCUGCGUUCCGAAAUAUCUAUACGAAGAUGUAUCUGGGUGAACCUACUGAUAAUCAGGGGCAGCGCGCCGCCUGCGCCUGGUAUAAUCGAUCUGAUGUUCGAUGCCGCGCAGGUGGUCGCCCGCUCGUGGUUUCAAAAAAACAAAAGACCAGAACUAAACUUAUACAACUUAGUUGUAGUAAUAACUAGAGGAGCAGGGACCACGGGAAUAGUAGAGUUUCACAGGAGCUUGGAGUAGAGCUUGAAGGAGCGCUUCUCCAAGCUCCUUGCUUCUCCGCUUGUUACUUCUCCGAAAUUUGAAGCAAAAAUAUAUAUGUGAAGUUUGUUAUCCGGAGUUGUUCUGCAUUUGAAGGAUGUUGCGUCUAAGUACAAAAACUUGAAGUUCUAGUUCUCUUUUCUAUUCACAAGUAUGUUGAUUUCUUGAGGGCAUUGGAGCCUCAUCCUCGUUGCAGUUUGUUCUGUUCUUCCCAAUUCUCAAGCUAAGAGAUAGAUUACAACCUCCUAGGCAUGUUUAAUAUGAUUUCUUUUUUUUGCUGUGGAUGUAGGAGUCAGUACGUAGAAGUACGACCCGGCCUCUAUCAUGAUCUACCAAAAAUCUAAAUUCGAUGAAUCCUUUUAUGUACUUGCUGUCGAUUAUGUUUUCUAGGAAUUGUACAAUAAACUUCCGUUGGAGCAGAAAUUCUAAAACAGCUAUUUGAUGGCCGCUUGAUGCAUAAAAAAUCCUUUUGAAAUUCGAGAUGUAUGAUUAUGAACUUAUAAUAUUUAUAACAAAUAAUUGUAAUAAUUCAUUGUAAUUCAUGUUGUCUUGUUCAACGGUCCGUUGUUGUGUGUGAGUCGAUUCAUGGAAAUAUACCUCAAUUUUCAUAGCUCUACAACUUCUACCUCGAAUAAAGUCCAUCUUGGAAGGACGUGAAGAGGAAGAAAACGAAAAUGGCUAUGGCUGGGGAGUAUAGAUAUCUAACUGGGGUGGCACAUGGAAGAGCAGCUCUCGCUGGGCGUCAUGCUCGUCCACCACUGAAUCCGUUUCAUACAGGGUAUUUAGCAUCUCUCGUUCCUUGAAAUUUGUUAUCCAACAAAAAGAAACCAUUUUUAAUUUUAUCUGAGGCCAAAUACUACGUAUUCCCAGUAAUUAAAAAGAUUGUCGGGAAAAUUGUAGAAUCUAAACGCUCCACAAGAACCGACAAAGAUCAAGAUACGGCGUCCUUCUUCUUGAAACACCAGAUUCUUGAGACAACGACAUCAAGACGUUCUUCUACUUGUACAACAUUGUAGUUCGAAUCAACAAGAAGAGUUCGAGGAAUCUCUUUUUUAGACGACUUACAAUCGAGAGAAUGGCGGUACAAGGGACUUCUGGGACUGGGAGGUACAAGGAGCACACUUUGAAGACAACCAGAUGCACAGACUUCAUGGGAACAACAACAGGAGCAUACAGAGAGACAAAAAAACUCACAAAUAAGAAAAUUGCGAUGGUGUUAUGCGCCACUCAGUAGGGUCUCAGCUAUGGUGUAUUCUCUCAGACGUGUAAGCACCAGAUCACUGUGUUCUGUACCAUAAUAUCGUG